AUGGACCACCGCUCAGACACGCCGCCCGUGCUGCUGAGCCCGAACGGGGCAGGACCCGACCUCUACAUGGCCGCGCCUGACGAUGUUGAUGUUGACCCAUACCACGGACUUGGUGCUACAGCAGGCGGAGCAGCAGCAGGGGCCCCAGCACUAGAGACUGGACCUUUCAGUGCUGCUGCCAGUCAUGCUGCCGCGCGCGCUGCAACAAAACAACUGCGCUCCGCCUCAGGCAGCGCCCUCAACCGGGUACUGCUUCCAACGCCGGGCACCGUCAAAGAUAUGCGAAAUAGGUUCGACCGGAGUGCCGCGGCAGGACCCGGAGCCCAAUCGCAACCACCUGCACUCAGCACCAGCAGAGACAGGUACAGACGACCGACCACGGCCAGCAGGAACGCGCAGCGCUCUCCCACAGGCGGCGGCACCAGCGAGGGCGAGACGAGACGCCUGCAGAAACGCAUGCCCGACAACAGGCUGCCGCGAAAGUCACCAUCGACGUCAUUCGAGCUGUCAAACUCUUCAUUCUCCUCCGGCACCAGCACUGGCACCAUGAAGACAUCGCGCAGUCAGCCUCAUGCCGCCUUCAGCCCCAAACGCGCCAUGUCACCCAGCAAACAUCAGUAUGCCGGCUCGAGGCCUCUGUUUGGGGAGAUCACGGCGGAUGGAAAGUGGAAUGGCAACUUCGAUCUGGGCAACUAUGGACCACUGCCGACCUUCCAGAAAGCACCGCGACGUGGCAGCGAGAGCAGUAUCGCACUCGGCCAUGGACGCAGCCAGUCCCAUCAGGGCAUCUCAUCACCAUACCUAACACAGCCACCCAAACAGAAGCUAAGCCACAAGCGGAGUCGAAGCGACAUGGACCAGAUGAGGCCUCAGGUCAUGCCCAGUAUGCCCAACCUCAGCGCGCAGAUGAUGCCCGGGCUGUAUCCCACACCACCCGAUUCUGUUGAUCGUCAUGCUCGGUACACGAACUCACCUCCGCCGUCGAGAAUACCGGUCAGCAAUCGUGGCAUGUCAGACGACUCGGGUGCUUCUUCCAAUGGCUAUUCUCGCCCACCGUCAGUAAUGUCCAACCCCGCCGAUCGAAGACGACCUGCCAAAUCACCGAGUCGGACCCGCCCGACGACCCCUUCGAAAGGUAAAGAAAACAGCAACCCGAACGCUCGAAGUCGAUACCAUCCUCCGAUGCCGUCCACCCCAUCAGGCCAAACCCUCUCCGCCAAAAUCGUGGCGCCUGUCCCAAAGACUUCUCCUCCACUGCGCUCAUCUCGACCCAGGCAGCCUGUGAGCUCGGCGACCACUUCUGCCAGCCGUGCACGAGCGGCUGAGCGAUUCCACGGUCCUCUAAACUCGAACAACUCAAGAGAUGGCAGAAGACCGAGCGAGCAAUGGUUGGGCAAACCCUAUGAUCCUCCGAGUGAGCGAUCGAGACGGACGAUACCAGAGCUGAACAACGUGGAUUUUGCGGAGAGACGAGAACGAAUACAGAGAGCAAUAUCACAGAGCUUGAAGUCUGCCGAGUCGUCCGAGAGCUUGAAGAGAAGUCAAUCACGGAGCAGAUCUAGAGGCGCUGCUUCGCGUGCUCCUUCGAGAUCGGCUUCCAACGACCAUGGGCAAGCUACAAGAGGUGCAGAUGCCGACACGCAGCGGGACGGGGAUCAAAGGCAAGGCAAAGGUGGGACCUUUGAAAUGUCGCGAUCGGCGCCGGACGACACGACCGCAAAGCACCAAAGCCAUGCACGAACGUUGAGCGUUGACACUGCGGGCUUCGCGGCUCCAAGUGUGGUGAGUCCGGAGCCUCUUACUGGUCACACCGAUCGGACGAUGUUCGAGGACGAGAGUCCUGUUCAUGGCCGGCCCGCAGCGGACCCAGCAACAACUGCCCCUAAACAGGAAGCAGAAGAGCCGCAUAUGUUUUUGGCACCCGCGACGUAUCAAUUGCCAUCGAAGCCCACGGCGAUUGACGUAACGCAGGAUGCGCCUGGGCAAGAGGUGCAGAGUCCGAGUGUCUUGGACAAUGUCAUGCGCAUGCGUGAAAGGAGCCCUUCAACGUCCAGUCGGACAGGUACAGAAUUUGCAGAUGAAAGUGCUUCUGCUGAUCGAAGUCCCAGCGACUUGGGUGAUGGGUGGACCCUCAGCGGGAAUGGCUUGAACGGCGACCAAGGUUCCAUCCGAAUCAUGCUUGAUGAUGACCCAAAUCUCACAGCACAUGCGGAGCACUGGUCCAAUGAUGUCGACCAUCACUUUGAAGAUGCGCAACAAGGUGACCACUCCAAGACCGAUGCGCAAGCAGUGCAACAGUACAACCACGAAGCGUUUACAGCCAAUGGCUACAUGGAAUCCCCCACGGAGGAGACUGAGACAUUCCUUGAUGACCCUGCGCAGGUAACUCCGCGUAGACUCCCCAACCGUGACGAUACCUUGAAGCCCACCGUUUUCAACUACGAGCAAGCACAUGGAGAAGACAAUCACAACGCAAAUGACACAGGCACGUUUGCCAGCGUGCUCGAGUACUACCGUACGACCGGCACAGUCACCGAAGAGAUGCUGGAAGAGCUGAACACCCACAAUAUGGUGGAUUUGCAGCGCAUCUCUGCCAAUGGUGGCUCGAAUGCGCAUAUGAUCGAGCGUCUGCUUGACAGCAUCAUGGGCAACAGGGUGCCGCAAGAGCGAGUCAGUGGCAAGCAGCUGCUGGAGGCGAGCACGUACGAAGUUCCGACUGUGACACCAGACACACCGCCCAUGGCGGAUGACUUCGAGCCAGGUCAUGUGAUCGUGUACGGCAGCGAUGUGAAUACGUCGCACGAGGAAGAUGAUUUUCAAGCCAAGAUUCGUAAGGCAGAUGAAGAUUGGGCACGUCAGCAGAUGGGCGAGGACCCAUUCACUCGACAUCACCAAGAAGAGGACAAGCCACUUCCACCGCCAAAAGAUGCUGGAUACACACCUCGAUCAAGCAGUGGCCCAGUCAGCACGACUUUCGCAUCUGGACUUAGUGAAGGCGGCCUGAGGAUAUCAACAAUUGGUGCACUGGACAUGGCAGACAUCCAAGCAGCUGGUGAUCUCGCUGCGGAACUGACUUCGCCAUCUUCGCUGGUAGCUUCGGCAUUGCAGACCUCAGCGCCUCCAUUGCCGUCGUAUGCGCCACCUCCGGUUCCGCCAGACUCGGCAUCAAGAAUACCAUUUGCGCUCCCCGACAUGGCUUCUGCUAAAGCAUAUUCCGAUCGAGAAUCGAGUGAUCUAUCACCGCAAUAUCGUAAGACCAAUUGGGGCGCGUCAGAGUCGUCGCGGCCGUCAAUCGACAGUCAACGAAUGGCGAUGCAGCUUCCGGGUUCGCAAUCGAUGACCUCUUUUGCUACUGGAGAAUCGACAAGACAGGCUUCAAUUGACACGUGUGGUGACAGCCAAUCCCGACUGACGAAGACAACGUCGCCCGGUCCAGAGCAAAAGCGUCUUCUCAAGCGUCGUCACAUCAUCAAAGAGCUGCUGGAUACCGAGAACUCCUAUCAUCAAGAUCUCAAGAUUAUCGAGGACAUCUACAAAGCGACAUGCACACCGGAGCUCGUGGCUGCUGAAGAUAAGAAGGUCCUGUUUGGCAACUGUGAUGAAAUCGAACGCUUCGCACUGAGCUUCUACGAUGAGUUGCGGAAAGCUGCAACGCAAGUCUAUGUGCCCCCAAAGCAGCAUCGUUGGCUUAACAAGCGUGGCAGUUUCUCCACUACUCAAAGUGAUGGCACGAGUCAGACAUCCCAACAGGAAGGCGUGGACGAUGAAAAGGACCGUACAACCACGAUCGGUCGCACUUUCUUGAUGAACCUGGCGCAAAUGGAGCAAGUCUAUGGAGCAUACCUGAGGAACCACGACGCGGCCAACCAGCGGCUGUCGGCGAUACAGAACAUCAUGACUGUCAAGUGUUGGUUGGACGAAUGUCACGCGAAUGCAAGUGACAUCACAGCAGCGUGGGAUCUUGAUUCACUGCUUGUCAAGCCAACGCAACGAGUGGCCAAGUAUCCAAUGUUGCUGCAGCAGCUUUUGGAGACCACUCCAGCGGAUCACCCCGAUCAUGAGGAUCUUAAAACAGCUGCCAAGGACGCGAUCAGCAUGUUGACGCGCAUUAACGACGCCAAGAAGCGUGCAGAUAUUGUCGAUCAGAUCGUGAACCCGAGCAAAACUCGCAAGGAGUCAGACAUCCGCAGCGGGUUAGCGAAGGCGUUUGGACGUCGUACUGAGAAGCUCAAGGAGCGUGUUGGAAUCGCCGAGGUCUUCCAGGAUCCUGAAUUCGACGAGCUUGCACACAAGUUCGGCGGUCACUUCAUCCGUCUGCAAAUAUGCAUGCGUGACGUCCAGGACUAUGUGCACCGAGCUGACAAGGCCAUUGAGCUGGUUAACAGCUACGCCACAGGUCUUCAGCUCUUCAUUGACCUGAGAACAAAUCCGGAUACUGUCGCUGUGAGCAAGUGGCGCAGGUAUGGUCAGGUCAUCCAUGAGCUGGCCACGACUGCGUUCAACGAGCACAAGGCCGACAUCACAAAGCGUGUGCUUGCACCAAUGAUACAGUGUAUCAAGCUACACGAGGGCCCUCAGAAUGCGAUCAACAAGCGCAAGCGACGCAUUGUGGAUUUCGCCAAGUGCAAGUCUGAAGAACGCCGUGGCGUCAAGCCAGACAAGAAGACGGUAGAAGCAUCAGAUCAAUAUGUGGCGUUGAAUGAGACGCUGAAGAUUGAUCUGCCAAAGCUCUACAACUUGACGGCGCAGCUGGUCCAGAACACACUGCACUGUUUCCUUGACAUCCAGCUCAAGUGGCAUAACACGUGGGAGAGGAAGCUGCAACCACUUCUGGAUGCUGUUGACAUACCGAAGAGCAUCCAAGACAUCGAGCCGGCCUUCAAGCCAGACUAUGCGGAGGUUGAGAAGAGUUUGCAUCAGCUGUCGAUCUGCAAUGGCACAUUGAAGAUCGAGGCAGCGAACUUCCUGUCACCAACACCGACACCGUACGCCGAUGAUAGCACAUCUCGUCGUCCAUCGAACCUUGACAAGCGGACACUUUCGGUCGGCAGUGAGGCGUCAACGGCGCCCAACACAAGGCGUCACAGUGGCAUCUACUCGACAGCUACCGAUAUGAUGCCACUCAUCCUGAACUUGGAUGGUCGCAUCCGAUCGAACUCGUCGAUGUCAAGCCGUACUGCAGUGUCACAGACGCCAGCCUCAACGCAAAGCAAUCAACGACCAUGGUCCAACCAGCAGACACCUAGCUCUUCUUUCACAACUAGCAGACCUACAACUGCCAACACGCCUGUUAUUACUGGCGCCUUUCCCUCGUUCUCACGCCAGAGCUCUGACAACCAACGCGUAUCCCGUGGCUCAGACGCCACUUAUUUCACGCCUAGGCCUGGCAAGAGCGAGGACAACCACCGAUAUUCUGGCCUCUUCAACUCCGCACUACCUCCGGAAGUGCAGGUCGCAUCACAAGAGACAGCAUCUUCGUCCAAAGCGGCACCAGAGGACACCGAGGUCAUGUUUGUCUGCGCCAGCUUGUUCGAAUUCAGUAUCGACAAGACUCGCAAGGAAGCUGGCUACCCGUACCUGCAGUACGUCCAAGGCGAAGUCUUCGAUGUCGUCGCGCAGAAAGGCGAGCUGUGGUUGGCGAAGAACCAGGAUGAUGCUAACAAUGAACUUGGCUGGAUCUGGGAACAACAUUUCAUCAUUCUUUCAAGCGAGAGCUAA